GAUUCGACAAAACAAACAUCGCUGUGAACAGACUGCACCGUGCAUGUGGCCAAGGCCUUGAUGGAAGGCUCAUGGGAGGCAAUUUCAGAAGACGUCCUGCGGGAGACGGAUGUUGCUUAUGAGCAAGAGCUGCAGCAGAAUCCAUACAGCGUGAAGCUUUGGUUUGCCUAUGUCAAGGCGAAGGCCGAGGCACCCCUGCGAGUGCGCUGCUUGAUCUUUGAGCGCGCAGUCAAGGAGCUUCCAGGAUCAUACAAGCUCUGGCAUGCUUAUUUGCAGUUGCGCAUGGAUAGUGUGAAACACAGUGCCAUCCAGGAUCCUGAGUAUGAGGCCACCAAUAACGCCUUUGAGCGGGCACUGGUCUUCUUGCACAAGAUGCCCCGCAUAUGGCUUCACUACAUUGAGUUCUUGAUGAAGCAGAAGAAGAUCACGAGAGCACGGCGAGCACUGGACAAUGCCCUGCGCUCGCUGCCCAUCACACAGCACUCCCGCAUUUGGGAGCUUUAUGUCAAGUUCAUCAAGGAUGGCGAGGUGCCAAAGGAGACUGCGUUGUGCGCAUUUCGGCGGUAUCUCAUGCUGGAGCCUGACCACGUUGAGAUCUACAUAGCGUACUUGCGAACAAUUGGGAAGUACGACGAAGCAGCUCAGAAACUCGCCAACGUGGUGGAUGACGAGGAUUUCAGCUCUAUGGAGGGCAAGACUCGGCAUCAGCUGUGGAUGGACCUCUGCGAUCUCGUGUCAAAGCAUCCAGCCGACAUCAAGUCCUUGAACAUUGAGUCGAUCAUUCGCAGCGGUAUUCGACAGUUCACAGAUGAGGUUGGUCGGCUUUGGAUCUCUCUGGGAGAUCACUUCAUCAGGCUCGGACAGUUCGAAAAAGCCCGAGACAUCUACGAGGAAGCUAUGUCUACGGUUAGCACAGUCCACGACUUCUCCCUCAUUUUCGAAGCGUAUGCCAAGUUUCUCGAAAGCUUGAUUUCAGCUCACAUGGAGCGGGAGGCGUCAGUGGUAUCCGCGGCAGAAGCCGAUCUCUUGAUGCUGCGCUUGGAGGACUUGUUGGGCAGGAGGCCGGAGCUUGUUUCGUCCGUGAAGCUCCGGCAGAAUCCUCAUAACGUGCAUGAAUGGCUGCAGCGCGCCAAGCUGUACAAGGACACCCCGGAGAAAGUGAUCCGAUGCUUUACGGAAGCUGUGAUGACGGUAGACCCGCAGAAAGCAGAGGGGCGGCUGUGGACGCUCUGGGCAGCCUUCGCUAAGUUCUACGAGUCACACGACGACGUCGAAAAUGCCCGCGUGAUUUUCUCCAAGGCAACCCAGGUGAACUACCGGGGAGUUGACGACUUGGCAUCUGUUUGGUGUGAAUGGAUUGAGAUGGAGCUGCGACACAGGGAGUACGAUGAAGCUCUCAAGGUUGCGAGACAGGCAUCAGGCCAGAAGAAGGCCGCGGCACUCAAGGAGGAUAAGGAUGUUGUCCAGAACCGCCUCUUUCGCUCUACGAAGCUGUGGUCGCUUUGCAUUGACCUGGAAGAGUCCCUUGGCACGACACCUUCGACCAGGGCAGCUUACGAUGCCAUUCUUGAACUCAAGGUGGCCACUCCAACGUUGAUCCUCAGUUACGCGAGAUUUUUGGAGGAUCGCAAGUAUUUCGAGGAUGCGUUCAAGAUCUACGAGCGUGGCAUCAAGGUCUUCUCAUGGCCUCACGUCAAUGACAUUUGGCUGACAUACUUAUCCAAGUUCGUGGAGCGAUACGGCGGCCGAAAGUUGGAGCGUGCCAGAGAUCUUUUCGAGCAAGCGGUCGAGAAGGUGCCACCAAGGUUUGCUAGGAGGCUACACAUGCUCUACGCCAAGCUGGAAGAGGAGCAUGGCCUCGCGAGGCACGCCUUGUCCAUCUACAACCGCGCAACGAAGGCGGUGGAAGAGAAGGACAUGUUCGAGAUGUACAGCAUACUCCUGCGGAAGACUGCCGAACUCUUCGGUCAGACAAGGACGCGCGAGAUCUAUGACCAGGCCAUCGAAAAUUUGCCUCAGGAUCGCAUCAAGGAUGCUUGCGUUCGCUACGCAAAGAUGGAGACCAUGCUUGGAGAGGUAGACAGGGCGCGCGGAAUUUAUGUGCACGCAUCCCAGUUCUGUGAUCCCAGGAGGGAGGAGGAGUUUUGGAAAGUCUGGCGUGGCUUUGAAGUGCAGCACGGCAACGAGGAUACGUUCCGGGACAUGCUGCGAAUCAAGCGAAGCGUCCAGGCGAUGUUUUCUCAGGUCCACUUCAAUGCGACGGAUAUUGCUGCGGAAGCAGGUAAGGAGGUGCUGGAUCCAAUGGCAGCAGCAGAGGAGCAGAUGAAGUCAGAGGAGGAGAGGAAACGACAGGGCGGGGCACUUGGCCCUGACUCCAAGCGACAACGCGUCACCGCAGACGCAGAGACAGCACGGAAGGAGUUGUUGGGCAAAUUUGAGCCUGCUGACAGAUUCGAGGGUGCGCGGGAUGGCUGGAGCUUCAAAGUCGGCAUCAAGGGCCUUGGAUAUUAUGAGGAUGCAUCCCUGCGUGAGAUCGAAGCGAGAUCAGCUGCAGCUGCUGCUGCUGAGCGAAAGGCAUUGGCUGCGGAGAGAAGAGCAACUGAAGUUAACCCGGAAGAGAUCGAGCUUGAUAUGGACGACGAUGAGGACGGCCCGUCUGAGCCUGCAGCCGCAGCACCUGCCGCAGCCAUGGCUGGCAACUCCGAGGAAAUCGAGCUCAAUGUUGAAGACAUUGAAGAAGCGCCGAUCCCCUCAGAGGUCUUUGGUGGCGGUCUGUCCAGCGUGAGAGCGAGCCUUCCGGAGGAAGCAGUGAAGGAGCCUCCCUUGGCUGAGCCAGCACCAGCAGUGGAGGAGAAGAAGCGAACUGGUGCUUUGGCUAAGUUCCAGAAGAAGGGCAAAGGCAAGGGCGGAAGCAAGGGCUGAGCGCUUCGGCCACAGGCUUUGCUCACAGAGUGUUUACCCAA